CGGAUUUUUUUUUCAGCCGAUAAACGCAAAACCAAACCGUUUGCCGUCGGACGGCGGAUGUCCGUUGUUGUCAGUUAUUGCCGGGUAAACGUACCCAUCUACCGGCAGAGGGAGCUGUUGGACGACCACAAUACUCUCUGUACACGUCGCAAUGCAUUUAUUUAAGUCAAUCAUCAUAUACGUUUGUGGUGGUAGUCGUUUAUUAUCAUUUCCCUGGGCGCGCGGUCAUUUGUCGUGCCGUCGUCGUUAUCCGCGUCACCACCAUUCGGCCACGGUCGGCAAUUGAUCCAGACGCCGCGGGAACACACCACGGCUUCUCUGCGAUAUCGGUACGUAACCAAGACACGCAUAAUAACAAUAAUAAUACACGACAACAACAACAACAACAAUAACAACAACAACAACAACAUCGACGACGACGACGACGACGACAAUAUUAUACGGGUGACGCGUGCCCCGUACAACGAUCCAGUUGGUGGAAUUAUAUGAUAGGUAGCCCACAAUGGCAGACGUGCAAAUGGAUAUUUACGAGGACAUGUUCAAAGAGAUUACGAAAAAAAUUUACGGGCAAGAUACAUCGUCAUCCGAGGACAGGCAGUUUGCUGGUCAAGACGCGUACAAAAUGGUAGAAGAGGGCUUGAGCAUGAUCGACAACGACGACGCGGCCGAGUCGUUCGUCGAACAAUCGCAGCCUGAGGACGACCCGUGGGUGACCAGCAACGAAACGAUCGCGUGGACUACGUCAAAAAUCGGCAGCUACAACGUGGACAAGAAACUAUUCAAGUGUCAGGAGUGCGAUUCAAUGGGCCUGCUUUCCAGUGUGGCCGAACACUGGCUGGGCACACACGCCGACGUCAAGGUGUUCCAAUGCCCACAAUGUCCGUACGCGAGUGCAUACACAAAGUGCAUCCGCCUGCACUUGGCCCGGCAACACAACGUAGUGGCUGAACACGGGACACAUCAACAAGCUGGCCGGAAGUCGUGGAAGGAGAGCCCAGUGCUCGAAGAGGUCACCAGCUAUCUGGGCCGGUUGAAGGCAGCGGCGGACAAGGCGAUAGCCACAGCUGCAGCUGCCACAGCGGCCGCCGCCGUAGCCGCAUCCGUUGUAUCAACGUCCGCCGAACAAGACGUCGCCGACGACGAAAUGCGACUGAACGCGGCUGACACGGAAACGCAGACCGCUCAAAAGCGAUUCAACUGCGCCCACUGUCCGUACGCCACAGACCGGCGAGACCUGUACACCAGACACGAGAACAUACACAAAGAGGACAAACCGUUCCAAUGCGACAUAUGUCAGAAGCAGUUCAAUCGGGCGGACCACGUCAAGAAACACUACACGCGCAUGCACAGAGAACACGAGUACUGCUUGAGCCGAGUAAAACGCGAUCCAUUCGCCAAGUCGGCGGCCGCGGUACACCAUCAGCAGAGAGUGACGCUGUACUCGGGCGACCCACCGCCGCUGGAACCAGAGACGCAGAUCAUCGUGUCGCGGCGGAUCGACGAACAACCGUUGGCCACGGCACCGAUCAUUACCACCAACAAUCCCACCAUGCCCACUUUAGUGCUGGACGACCAUCAACAGCAACAGCAGCAACAACAGCAGCAGCAGACGGUCGUCAAUAUCGCCGUAGUCAAUUUUAACGAACAGACAGGCACGCACACUAUACAAAUACCGAUACCCACUAACCAGAUAAAACCGGUGAUGUUUGCGCCAGACACCAUUCUGUCGGUGGACUCAGUGGUGCCGACGAGCACGGCGGCGAUGACGACGAAACCGAAGGGAAAAGGUAGUAGGAAAAACUUCGAGAAACGGUAUUGCUGCACGUUUUGCCCGUGGUCGGGAGUCGACAAUUGGUGUCUGAAACGGCAUCUCAACACCCACAUGAAGCCGUAUGAGUGCGUGUUCUGCGAGUACAAAGCGGCCAGGGCUGAACGAUUGGCCACCCACGUGUUCAAAGUACACAGCAAACGAAUGUGCUGCCGAUGUUCGUACAUUGCUCAGGACCAAGACGACCUGUAUGCCCAUCAAUCCGAAAACAAUCACAAAAGCGUAAGGUCUCGUCGUACACAGACAUCGCCAAUACCGUCGUCGCCCGAACAAUCCGAGGAAACUGCAGACAAAAAUGACGUAAUUGUCGUUUGGCCAAUGACGGGCGUAACGGAUUCUCAGAGUUCUAUUCAAAUAUAAUAAUUAAUUGAAUCGAUGUGCCAAAACGAAUAUUAUUGUCUAAUCGCAUAGUUACAGGGAUGAAAUAAACUAUCGAUAGGCAUGAUACAACACACUAAACCUCAACUGAGCAUUUAGAAUAAAUAAUUCGAAUCUACAUGAUAUAUAAUAAUAUAAAUGACUCUCAAAUUAAACUGUAAUUACUUUUUAAGUACAAAAUUGGAAGAAAAAAUUGUAUUAUUCCCAAAGCCCAAA